AUGGGAUCAGUUUAUUCCGUAGCAGAGUUCUCCUACAAUAACUACUACCAAUCGGGUAUCCAAAAGGCUCUUUAUAAGGCCUUAUAUGGGAGGCAAUGUCGUUCUCUAGUUGGGUUGUUUGAGCCUGGGGAGGCUAGGUUGUUGGGCACUAAUUUGUUCCAUGAUGCUUUGGAGAAGGUGAAGUUUAUUCCAGAGCAAAUUCACACAGCACAGUCCAGGCAGAUGUUUUAUGCUAACAAGAAGGCUCGUGAUGUUGCAUAUAUGGUGGCUGAGAAGGUACUACUUAGAGUUUCGCCGAUGAUGGGUUUGUUGAGGUUCGAAAGGAAGGGAAAGUUGAGUCGUAGGUAUAUUUGUCCUUUUGAGGUACUUGAGAGAGUUGGAGAGGUGGCCUAUGAACUUGCCUUACCACCUAGUCUAUUGGGAGUUCACCUAGUGUUUCAUGUUGCUAUGCUCCGAAAGUAUCAUGGGGAUCCGUCACAUGUUUUGGACUUCAGAACGGUGCAAUUAGAGGUCACCCAUUCGAGGAAGCUACUUGGAAAAACAAGAAAGAGAUGUAGACUAGAUAUCCUAACCUUUUUGAGACUCCGGGUAUGA